GCUUACAAAAUACACCCCAAGGUCCAAAAUUGCCACCCUCAUAUAUAAAGCUCUGUUGCAGUGAGGGCUUGCCGGUUAAAGUUAAUCUCCCUCUCUCGCGCUCUCUCAAAAGUUGAAGCACCGGCAGCGGCAGCAGCACCAACAAAGGAGGUGCGAGCAGUUAAGAUUUAGGAUAGAAAAAAUGAGUGGAGGUGGAGAGAAAGGGACAGGAACCACAAAAACUCCAGCAGAUUUCCUCAAGUCAAUUCGUGGGCGACCGGUUGUUGUAAAACUGAAUUCUGGUGUUGACUAUCGAGGUAUCCUUGCGUGUCUGGACGGGUAUAUGAAUAUAGCAAUGGAACAGACCGAAGAAUAUGUCAAUGGACAGUUGAAAAAUAAGUAUGGCGAUGCUUUUAUUCGUGGAAAUAAUGUUCUAUACAUUAGUACGACAAAGAGAAAUGUAGCCGACGGGGCUUAAUUGUGAUGUUAUGAAGCCAUGUAGAUCAUCUGCUGCCAUGCUUUAUGCAGUUAUAUUGUAAUGUAAGCUUACAUGGGAUCAUUCAUGAGAAGGAAACAGAACUACUCGACUCGAUACAUUUUUUACAGUAUCUGUUUUGGUAACUGUUAUUUUGAUGUGAAUUCUUAAUAUUCUGAUUUAAGUCUGGCUUCCAGGGAUGAUUCUAUAAGUCUCCUUCAACGAAGAUUACGGCGUUGCUUCACAGAGUUUCUUUGCUAGUUUAUGCUUGAGGUCGAUUUUUUCUACGCAUAAAGUUGUAAGACUUUCUGUAUCAAAAUGACAUGGUCAUCAUCCAAUUGAAAUAUCUUGGCUUACAAGAA